AUGCCUGGAUCGCCGUCAUCGUCGUGGGCGCUGUACCGCGCCCGCCUCUCCGCGCUCUUUCGACAUGCUGAUACGCAGGUCGUCGUGGCCUUUUGGCUGCUCGGCCUCAUCAACAACGUUCUCUACGUGAUCAUCCUCUCCGCCGCCCAGGACCUCGUCGGCUCGUCGGUCCCGAAAGGCGUCGUUCUCCUCGCCGACGUCCUCCCUUCCUUCUUCACGAAGCUCAUCGCCCCCUACUACAUCCACCGUGUACCCUACUCCCUCCGCGUGAUGGUGCUCAUCGGCCUCUCGUGCUCUGGCAUGCUCCUCGUCGCCCUCACGCCUCCCAGCAAGUCCGUCGCUGUGAAGAUGGUCGGCGUCGUCAUCGCCAGUCUCAGCUCUGGCCUCGGCGAGCUCAGCUUCCUCGGGCUGACGCACUACUAUGGGCCCAUAAGUCUCGCGGGCUGGGGCAGCGGCACGGGGGCGGCGGGGCUGGUCGGCGCCGGGCUGUACGUCGUGCUGACGGACUGGUGGGGAUUCAGUGUGCGCAACAGCCUGCUCUUUUCGGCGUGCCUGCCGUCCAUCAUGUUCGUCAGCUUCUUCGUCGUGCUGCCCAUGGGCCCGCUGCGCGCGGGAAGCAAGGAAUACACGACGGUGCCGGAGCGAGACCUGGAAGAGGACGACAUCACGGAGCUGCCACAGAACGCCGCCUCCUCGGCGCUGCUCGCGCCGGGCCCGUCGACCACGUCGACGGCGUACUCGGUGCAUCACCCGGACGAGCACAGCUUCAAGCGCAACAUCAAGAGGGCGAGGGCGCUCUUCGUCCCGUACAUGCUGCCGCUGCUGCUGGUGUACAUCGCCGAGUAUACAAUCAACCAGGGGGUGGCGCCGACGCUGCUGUUCCCGCUGGGGUCGUCGCCGUUCAAGGAGUUCCGCGAGUUCUACCCGAUGUACGGGUUCCUGUACCAGCUGGGGGUCUUCAUCUCGCGGUCGUCGACGCCAUUCUUCCGCAUCCACCAUCUGUACCUGCCGUCGCUGCUCCAGGUGGGGAACCUCAUGCUGCUGACGGCGCACGCCAUGCUCGACUUCAUCCCGUCGGUGUACAUUGUCUUCAUCGUCAUCUUCUGGGAGGGGCUGCUGGGCGGCGCCGUUUACGUCAACACGUUUGCGGAGAUUAUGGAGACGGUGCCGAGCGAGGACAGGGAGUUCAGCCUCAGCGCGACGAGCGUCAGCGACAGCGCUGGCGUCUGCAUCGCCGGAUUCCUGGGCAUUUUCAUGGAGGUGCAGCUGUGCAAUUGGCAGGUGGCGCGGGGGCGGGAUUGGUGCCGCAAGAUCAAAAUAGGAUAG